AUGUCAGUUUCUCAAGUCGAUCCGGAUCAGUACACCCGUGCGGGCUCUAUAACAAAAGCUUACUUCCGGGACGUCUACUCGGCAAUUGAACCUACUAAGUCCGACCUCUCACAGCAGGGUAAAGUAGCUAUCGUUACAGGUGCCGGAAAGGGAAUUGGAAGAGCAAUUGCACUGGCCCACGCCAAAGCCGGUGCAGCUGGGAUUGUUCUCAUUACACGGUUCUCGCAGUCGGCGGAAGAGACAAAGUCAAUUAUCGAGGCAGACUAUCCUCACGUCAAAGUGCUAGCCCUCCCAACGGAUAUCACGGACGAAUCCGAGGUAUCACGUUCGAUCGACUCGAUCAAGAGCACGUUUGGAACAGCACAUACCCUCAUCAAUAACGCAGGGGUCUUCUCCUCCAUUGCGACAAUUGAUCAGGCCGACCCAGCGACGUGGUGGAAAGACUUUGAAGUCAACGUGCGUGGGACAUACCUAGUAACCGCGGCGUUUUUACGUUUAGCAGCAGCUAACAUACAGCCCACAAUUGUGAACCUUGUCAGCACAAUCGCGUUAACACCUCCGUCUCUGAGUAGCUACUUUGUUAGCAAGCUUGCAGUUGCAAAGUUUACCGAGUUCCUGCCCUUGGAGAACCCAAACGUAGCGGCCUAUAGCCUUUCACCUGGUAUUGUGCUCACGGACAUGACUUUGGAUCCGUUCAAACCUUUUGCAAAGGACACUGCCGAACUGACCGGAGCUGUCACCGUGUACCUGGCUGCUAAACGCCCUCAGUAUUUGAACGGUCGACACCUGGUGGCGAAUUGGGACGUCGAGGAGCUUGAGGCUCGCAAGGAUGAACUUAUUUCUUCGGACAAAUUGAAAGUUGGCCAGUUUAUUUAA